AUGAGUUGGGCAUCGAGGGGCCCCUCAAAUCACUCUCACCAAGUGCCACCAUCUACUCCUUCCUUUACAUCUCCUCGUCCGGCUCCAAAGCCCCAAUCAUCCGGCUUUUCCCUCUCAUCGGUCUUUAGCAGUAGGCAUAGGGCGUCAUCUCUACGCUCUGUUUACUCGACAUCCACAACCACCAGCUCUAAUUCCUCUCACCCAUACAACUCACUCAAUAUGCAUGCUGCCGCACCUCUUCCCGUGGUAUCCAGCCGCCAUGGUUGCUCUCCCACUCUAUGUUUCAAACCAAUUCUCACCAUUCUGCAGACGAGGAGCCCACUUGUCCCAUAUGCCUCGAGUCCCUCCAACUUCGGAUUGCCGGAGAGAAACCUCAUAUCGUUCCUGAAUGUGGUCAUGCUCUUCAUGAAGCUUGCUUCACUGCUGUAUACGGCCCCCCUCCCAACCAGCGCUCGACUGUCCCCCCGCAAAUCAAAUUUAGGCGUAUGCGGUGUUUGUCGUCGACCAAUGAAAGUUGGCGACGGCGAUUCAGGCAAAUCCAACAAACUGGCUGCACUGACUGGCAUGGGUCCACGAGACAACAGCUCUCUGUACCCUGGUCGGGACACUCCUACCAACCGAAAGGGCCGCCAACCAGUCAAUACACCUUACGACCCCAACGAGGAUGACCCUCUUGAUUAUGCGACGAGCAUCAAAUCACAUCCAACCCACGAUCACCAGCAGUACAUCGUCGCGCCCUCCAUUCAAGUCCGACCAGAAUUCUCUUCCAUUACUCGGUCAAGCGACAACAGUCAACCGCUAACAUGCAUUGUCGUUAUUGAACUGCCUGGCAAGCGAAUCACAUCUGGGCCUGUCCCGGGUCCUGUCAUGUCCGACAUUCGCACACAAUCUCGUUCAGGUCAUUCAAGUCCUCGACCUGACUCUACUCGCCGCCACGAACUGUCUGAUCAUAGAGACGACCAUUCUCCCCCCCAGUACCCUUCUUCCCAUGGCCAUGAACCAGAGGAGGACUCUCCGUUCAAUGCUAUUACCGAAGACCUUCGCAACCGUAUCAUCGACUGGAAAGGUCAUCCCAUGUCAGAUCUCGGUGCCCUUCAAAUGUACGACCUUCUCGGCGUCCGUCGCGAUGCCAUAGUGCGGGAAUUCUAUGUCUAUCUAUUCAGGGAGGCAUUGAUAUGCGUUGCCGAGGAGCGUAAACGAUCACUGGGUCGGUUGCUAUCCAAUGCUUCCGGCAUCAGUGAAGCCCAAUCGAGUUCAACCACAGGUGCUCCGCGAGGUGUUUUACGUCUUCGUGGGCGCAUUUAUGUGCGCCACAUCAAACAUGUGACUGCAAGCUCUUCCGCAGGCGAAAUGAGCCUCACAAUCGACAUGGAAGAUGAACUCGCCAGCUUUAUUCUCAUCUUCAAGGAACGCGCAUCGCUUGAAGCAUGGAAAAACAAGAUUCAAAGUCUUGUCAACUCAUUCCAAGCUCUGAAUCCCCAGCCUCAGUCCGAACCCGAAAGGCCGUUGGACAUAGAAGAAUUUGGUGGGAGCUCCAAGGCCAUGCGUAUGCUUUCAGGAGGAAGUGCUACGACUUCAAGCACUGGCGACAGCAGUCUCCUCAAUGGCUCUGCCAGGAGUACUAUGAGUAGUUCAACCAGCCAUGGUAGUAUGCCUCCGCCGCGCAACAACUAUUCAAACAAGCUCACCCCGCUGGGUGAAGAUGAUGAGCUGAGCACUUACGACAGCCCUACCGGCCUCGUCACACCAUACACCUCUGCUGGACCCAGUAACAACCUAACCCCUUUGCCUCAUCCGUCUCUCGACCUCAUCCUUGUUAUCUCGCUGCCAGCGCCUGGAUCAGCACCGUCAACAGCUUCACUGAAAGUCCGUGUCAUCAAGGCGACACUCGACUUCAUUCUGGCGUCAAUGUCUCCAAAGGACCGCCUUAGUCUCGUUACAUUCGAGGUUGGUCCCGCUGGUCGGGUGCGACGAACGCCCUUCCUCGCUCUUGGUAAAGCACAAAGUCGUCGAAGGUUAGAAAAGUUCAUCGACGAGACUGGUGUGCGUUUGGAGGACUCUAUGGACGAGUUUUUGGUGAGGGGAAGCAAAGAUGAGAAGACAGAUGUUGUCACAGCAGUCAAUCACGGUACGAUGGUGUCUUUACUUGGUAGACCAUCGCUAACCUCUAGUUAUCAAGGUCUUGACAUUGUCCUGCAACGCAAAGCCAAGAAUCCGGUUUCGGGUAUGAUUCUUGUGUCAGAUGCCUCCGACAGCACUCGUCGAGCGCAAAUGGAUCUGGUUCUGGCAAGAGCUGAGGCCUCCAAUGUUCCCAUUCACUCCUUCGGAUAUGGUCGCUCCCACGAUCCUGCCUCACUCUGGCUGAUGUCGAAUCACACCAGCGGAACUUAUACAUUCGUCAAAGAUUGGUAUGACCUCCGAGAUUGCGUCGCGGGUUGUGUUGGUGGUAUGAUGUCCAUUGGAUUGAUGGGCAUGAAACUACACAUGAAGGUUGUCGAUGGCUUGCGUUUCCGGAUUCGCAAAGUCAGUGGUGGACCUAGCUCAAUCUUGGCAAGCGAUGGCCAGAAUGUUGACGUUGAUGUUGGCGAAUUGCGUUAUGGUGAGCGCAAGGAGAUGUUGAUCGAACUCGAGCUUGACAACUCGGAUAUGCAAGCCAAGAUGGCUGCAAUGCGGGGUGGUGGUAAUGGGCGUCACAACCGCAUGCUGAAUGCGACAGACCAGUUUGUCGCCAGUAUGGGGUUGGAUGCACUUGCCAUCGACGAUGGAGUCGACUUUGCGGAUGGUAUGAUGGACCGUAUGAUUGACGAAGUGCCCGUCGUUGAGGUUGACGGUACUUUCUUCGACCCUGCCGCUGGAAAGCAUGUCAGCCGUCUUGCUCAUCCAGUACUCCUCACAGUCACUCUUCUCCCAGCACAACCAGGCGUUUCUCGGCAACCAGCGGCCGUCUCUGAUCCCGUCAUUGUUCGCAGACGAAUGGAACUGCUAGCCAGCGACAUGAUCACCCGAGCGUUAGUGUUAGUGAGCAGGCGGAACUUCCCUCAAGCCCAGAAGAUUCUUGGUGAAACCAAGCGUAUUCUGCAUACUGUCCUGCAAACCAUCAGUCGCUCUUUACCCCCUCCAAAUCCAAACUAUAAUGGCUCUAGUGGGACAACAAGAAAUCGUCGAGAGUUGCUCACCCUGGCUGCCGUUCGGACGAUGCAAGCGAUGUUACAAGACUUGGCAGUCUUAACUGAAGCGUUGGACGAAAACGUUGAACUGUUUGCGCAUGAUCAAAGGAAUUUCGGCGCCCAACAGGCCAUGAUACUUCGAGACCAGAAGAGUUGGACUGGUCGCAGCGCCACAGAGCGACUGUUUUGGACAACAGACAAUUCGAUAGAACUCGUUUCACGGAGUGCUGACUGGGUUGCACGCGACUGA